UGACGUGGUCGAAACGGAAGUAAACAGAAAAUAAAUGUUACGAAACCUGGCCUUACUCAAGUUACUGUGAGCAUUGCUUACCGGGACCACAAGACGUCUACAGCCUGAAGAUGAUGCUACUCUCAGUUUUUGUUGUUAUGGUAACUGGAGCGACUGCCUUCAGCUUUAAACAGUUGGAUGGGAACUCCCUCGACAGUCAGCCUCUUAUAUUCCAUCCUCAUGGCUACCAGGAAGCUCUGAAGAAGCAUCCAGAUUUCUGUAAUGGUCUUGGCUGUCCAGAUUAUUCUGUGGUUUAUGAAAAUAAAACUGGGAAAUUUGAAUUGCGUGAGUAUGCUGAAUCUGAAUGGGUGACAACAUACAGUGCAGGAAUGGACUAUGAUAAAGCGGGCUAUACUAACUUCAGGAAGCUUUUCAACUACAUUGAUGGCAAAAAUGCGAAGAAAGAGAAGGUAGCGAUGACAUGUCCAGUCAUUGUAAGGGUUAGUCCAGGCCCAGGACCAGCAUGCACCUCCAACUUCACCAUGUCCUUCUUUGUGGACCCUGCCGCCAAGACUCCUCCCAAACCCAGUACAGAAGAUAUAUACAUGACCACCAUACCUGCGUUAAAGGCCUAUGUGAGAACAUUCUCGGGAUUUGCUGACUACGAUAAGUACAAAGAACAGGGACUUGAACUCAUUGCUGCCAUUGGGAACCCCUCUCUCUACAUCUCUGACUACUACUAUACCGCUGGAUACGACAGUCCCUUCAAACUUCUCAACCGACACAACGAGGUCUGGUUAAUUGCCAAGUAAUCAACCACUUCAGAAGCUUGUUCAUGUUAAAAACAGAUGUACAACGAUUUUCUGUCUGAUAGCCAUGUCGACAACUACAACAAUGUCAUGCUCACACGAACAGCUUAAUCUUGUUCAUGGUUGUAUGAACCAAUACAAAACUUUCUAUUCAUGGUUAUGUGAAGACCUAAAGUGUGGUUCAUGAUCAUGACCAAUGUGAAGGGAAUGGAGUUAUUGACACAUGGAGGCAUAUUUUUCUUUUCUUUUUAUUUUCUUUGAAUCAAUUUACAUGGAAAUCUUUGCUGUUAGAGUUAGUUUAAAAAAUAUUUUUUUAAUUUUAUACAUUUUUUCUAUGCAUUUAUGCAACUUAUUAACUGUUGAUGAGGGCUAACUAUUAUAUUUCUACGGACAGAUAGAUCUGGGUUGCUAAGUAUGAUCAAAUCCAACAUACAGGGGAUCCUAAAAAUCCAUACCACUCCUGGACACCAGUACUAGUGUAGAUGAAGAAUAUAUGAUAACAUUUGACAAUUUCCGUUAUUUUAUUUUGAUAACAGUGACUCGUAAACAUGGAUCCAAUGUAAAUAAAUGUAUGUACAUCUGUGUAAGAGAAAAAAAUAAUGAUUGGAUGAUUGUAUUGUUCAUGUAAAACAUAUCGUUUUCCUGUCCUAAAGGACGCCGUCAGUGUGAUUGAGAGAAAGGUUUGUUGUGUUCUUGCAGAUAACUUCGUGCAUUUAAAUCAUUACAAAUCUGAAUUAUGUCAUUUGUUGACCACGUGUUAGAUUUAAUGGAUCCUUUACUCUGGUUUCGUUAUGUUAAUCAUGCAAAUCCCAACACUUUUAAGUGAAAAGUUACAGAUCAGCUUUUUUAUAGGGGGUCGGGGACAACAAUAGCUGAGUCAGAGUGUUAGGCUAUGUAUGUAACCUUAGGUGAAGAUCGGAGCUGCAUAGUUAAAUGCUCCUUGCGAUGUAGGUUUGUGUUUCUCGGGAACCUGAGAAAUAGACUAGUCUGUUCUGUCAUGGUUGUGUCCUUAAGCAAGACACUUUACUCUAAUUGCUCUGGAUGGUAUACGAUGGGCAUCCCGCAUGUUGACCAAUGAGGUAGCCAACAGCUACUACAAAUUAACCCCGCCUCAAAAUGACUAGCUUUUUCAAGGAACGAUAAACCCAACAAACAAAAGAUAACCAUUUCAUGUUGAAAGUUCUGGAUUGUGAAUAUCACUGCAUGAAAUUGUUAGAUGAAGUAAAUAUCCUAAUUUGAAAUGAAAAAGAUUAAAUUAACUUAAUUCACAAGAAGCUUUUUCGAACAAAAGGAGCAUUUCUGCAUCUGAAGAUGCGGGCAUUUCACCAGUGAUAUUAAACAUUUUUUGUGAUAAUGUUAUAUUUGACAAGAAAGUCUCAAGCUGAUGUAUACAGAUCUGACACUAUAUAACAUGUACUGCAUAAUAUAUACGGAUGAGUGUAAAACUGUAGAAUUUGUGCUCAAUAUUUUGAACUUAAUUUAUAUACAAAUGUACAUGCUUUGAUUGGACAUUAAAUGUUUGAACAAAAACAA